UUUUGGGGCAUUUCAAUUGAUUUGCUUUCAAAAAAGAUUGUUAAUUGCAUCCUCCUUAUUCUUUAAUUUAACUAUAUUUGCUUACUUAUGAGUUAGCACUUAGCACAACAUACACGUUUUGUUAAUAUUCUAUUGAAUCUAUUCUCUCUUCUGCCCCUCUCUCAACCCUUCUUUCAUUUAUACCAAUUCAAUUCACUCUUCACCCGGCUAUAUAGGGAAUAUACAUACAUACAUAAAAAUUAUUCAUUAAUUUUUGCAUUAUUAUGGAGAUUAUAGAAGAAGCACCAAUGAAAUCAUCAACAAGGUUCAAGCGUAUCUGUGUGUUCUGUGGCACAAGCCCUGGCAAGAACCCAAGCUACCAAAUUGCUGCUAUCCAACUUGGAAAACAAUUGGUGGAGAGGAAUAUAGACUUGGUAUAUGGAGGAGGAAGCAUAGGGUUAAUGGGUCUCAUCUCACAAGUUGUCUUUGAUGGUGGACGCCACGUGUUAGGGGUUAUCCCUAAGACUCUAAUGCCGAGAGAGAUCACAGGAGAGACUGUGGGAGAAGUGAGGGCAGUUUCGGGAAUGCACCAACGUAAGGCUGAAAUGGCUCGACAAGCUGAUGCAUUUAUUGCUUUGCCAGGUGGUUAUGGAACCUUGGAAGAACUGUUGGAGGUCAUCACCUGGGCUCAAUUAGGAAUUCAUGAUAAACCUGUAGGGUUGUUGAACGUGGAUGGAUACUAUAACUCAUUGUUGUCAUUCAUGGACAAAGCUGUUGAUGAAGGUUUCAUAACACCAGCUGCCCGUCACAUUAUUGUGGCUGCCCAAACUGCCCAAGAACUUAUGUGUAAGCUUGAAGAAUACGUUCCAAAGCACUGUGGCGUGGCCCCAAAGCAAAGCUGGGAGAUGGACCAACAGUUACUAAAUACUUAACAUUCCAAAUUGAAUCUUCAAUGCUUUAAUUUCUCUUUCUCAAUCGAUAUACAAAUGAAGCCUUUUUCGCUCACAAUGUGUAUCUUGUUAAUCAUAAACUACAUUUGUGUCUUGUAGGUCUAUUAUAUUGUGUGUCAUCAAA